GUCGACGAUUUAACUAUUUCCGUGAUACAUGACUAGUUUCACGAGGCCGUGGAACAAAUGCAUAUUCAAAACGCGAAAAAUAUGAUCAAGAUUAAGUGAAACAGAAUUUUUAUUCGACCAUUACGAAUAUAUUAGUGUAAAGUCGUGUGUAGUUUAAGAUAACCGAAUAGUGAAUUGUUUUUGCGAUGAUUUUAUAUAGUUUUACGCUUUUUUUGCUAGUCGCAACUGUUUCUAGUCAAGGGUUUUUUAACGUUAUUGGUCCAAGAACCAUCAAACCAAACACAGAUUACCAUUGUGCCAUCAGCGUUCAAGCUACAUCUCAACCAACUUCUAUAUCAGCAGUGCUCCAAGGAGCAUCUUACAAUGGAACGAUAUUGUUCAGCAAGGACCAAGUGGUUAUACCACCGUAUAGUACCAGAAUAUGCGAAUUUAAGUUUGGUGAUCUCGAAGAUGGAGAAUAUGAACUGGAGGUUCGUGGUACCGGAGGAGCCGAUUUCGUUGCCGGUUACCCGCUGCAAUUCCUCAAAAAAUCAUAUACGGUGCUUGUCCAAACGGAUAGGCAAGUGUACAGACCUGGUAGCACCGUUCUCUUCAGGGCUAUUGUAUUAAACUCAGAACUAAAACCAGCUGCGGAAGUCAGAAAUGAACCAUUACAUAUAUUUGUCUCCGAUGGUUCUGGUAAUCUGGUGAAAGAUUGGAAGAGGAUUGAGGCUGUGAGGGGAGUCUUCACGGGCGAGGUGAACUUAGGACAACACCCCGUUUUGGGCAAGUGGAAUAUAUCGGUGGAAAUACACGAACAGACCUACCACAAGUCCAUCGAAGUUGUUGAGUAUAUUUUGCCAAAGUUUAUGGUCAAUAUUGACUCUCAAAGACACAUUACCUUCAAGGAUAAUGUCAUUAGAGCAAAGAUUGAUACAAAAUACAACUAUGGAAAUAAGGUAAAAGGAGAAGCUACGGUGACAGUUUACCCGACCAUAUACUCUGGAGUGAUCCAGCCCAUAUUCCAAAAUCCUAUUCGAAAAGUUUUCCCGAUUGACGGUACCGAAACCGUUGAAUUUGACAUCGGACGAGAUUUACAGCUCAACGAUGAAUACGAGAGAAUAGUUAUUUUAGAUGUCGCUGUUGAAGAAAAGCUAACAGGGAGAAGGCAGAACAACAGUAUGGAGAUACAUAUUCACAAAUAUGACUACCAUAUGGAUCUGAUCAAGUCGGCCGACUAUUUUAAACCGGGGCUGAAAUAUACAGCAUAUGUCAAAGUAUCCAACCACGAUGGCACACCAGUAAAAAUCAAUCCUCAGGAAGUUAUUGUUAAACACGGAUACUCCAGGGUAGACGAAGUAUAUGAAGAAAACAGGUACACUUUAGAUAAUAAUGGUUUCUUGAAGCUGGAAUAUCUGACUCCAGGAAAUGUUACAAAUGGAACUGCCUUGAGAAUAGAGGUUGAGUUCCGUGAUCUCAAAGAAAGAAGCACACCCAUUCCAGCUGCCGUCUCCUUCAGUGGUAACUUUCUCCAAGCUACCCUAGAAACCGACCGCCCCAUUGUCAACCUGGACGUAGAUAUCUCAGUCAACAGCACCAGACCAAUGCAGUACUUAAACUAUAUACUAAUGGGACGCGGAGAUGUGAUCAGUACGAACAGUUUUCAAAUAGAAAACCGAAAACAGUUCAAUUUCCACUUUACCGCCACUCAUGCGAUGGUUCCUGUUUGUCAUUUGAUCGUCUAUUAUGUAACUGAAAAUGGAGAGAUGAUUGGAGAUGCUUUGGAUAUUGAGAUCGAUGGUCUUUUACAGAAUUUUGUUGAUUUCCAACUCAACACUUUUGAAAGCGAACCAAACCUUGACGUAGAGUUUACCAUCACAGCCCAGCAGAACUCUUAUAUCGGUUUAAUGGCUGUAGAUGAAAACGUGGCACGUCUCAAAGAUGGCUAUGAUCUCUCAUUGGGAAGUAUUGCAGAGGAGCUGAAGAUGUACGAUGUGGCCCUCGGAACACCGUAUCCUCAUUUUCGAAGUAACUCCAAGAUGAAGCUGUCGUGGUAUCCUGGGGCUAGCAAUUUACAUAAUGCUAUAUUUGAAUCAGGUGCUGACAUUGCUACGAACACUAGAAUCAAUAGGCAUAAACCAACACUGGAAGAUAUUUACCUUCGUCCAGUUUUCUACGGUCCUUCGACGGUAAAACCAGACAGAGGUCUCGGUCUUCCUAUACACUCAGCAACUAGACCACCUUUGGCGGGGCCUUAUGCAUUCAGCAGAAUACCAAGACCAGUGUGGAAUAGACCCAAAGUUUAUCUUUCGCAAGAUAUUGCUGAAACAUGGUUGUUUAAUAACUUUUCGACUUACGAAGGAAAGGCUUCUAUUAGGAGGAAGUUACCGGAAACUUUGACCACUUGGUCAGUUACAGGUUUUUCGUUGGAUCCCUUGCAUGGACUGGGAUUAACUACUACAGAUAAGAAAAUUAAGGUCACCAAAUCCAUGGUGGUGAUGUUAGACUUGCCUUAUUCAGUCCAAAGGGGAGAGAUCUUAAGUAUUCCAGUUGUAGUUCAAAAUAAUGUCAAUGAAGAUAUCACAGUUGAUGUCACGUUACACAAUUCUGAACAGAAGUUUGAAUAUAUAGCUUCUACUGACGAUAAUACUGUUAAAAGAGUGGAAUUAUAUCGAAGGAAAAGAUUGCAAGUAGAGAAGAAUGGCGCAGCUGCAGUAUCAUUCAUAAUCGUGGCAAGCAAUAGUGGUUUUAUACCAAUCAAGGUGACAGCUAGCAGCCCCAAAAAUCAAGAUGUCGUCGAAAAACAAUUAUUAGUUGUGCCUGGAGGAGAAACCGAAUUUUACACGAAAUCCGUUCUCAUCGAUGUCAGAAACAAUCCCAACUUCAAGAAGUCUAUCAACUUUACUAUUCCUAAAAACGCUGUCGAGGGUUCAGAAAAAGUAGAAGUUUCUGCUGUAGGAACCUUCUUGGCUCCGGCUAUGAUCCAUCUGGAUAACGUCAUUCGGUUGCCGACGGACUGUGGAGAACAGAAUUUGGUUCAUUUAAUGUCGAACUUAGUAGUUUUACAGUACUUAAGGGUGACCAGCCAGCUUACUCCAACUAUUCAAAAUGAGGCCGUCAAGAAUUUGGAAACAAGCUACCAACAGCAGCUGACAUUCAAGAGGAAAGAUGGAUCAUUUUCGCCUUUUGAGUGGAGAGAUUCAAAAGGAAGUGUUUGGGUCACAGCCUACACUGUUUUAGCGUUGAGCCAAGCCAAAAACUUCAUCUUUAUUGACGAUAGAGUUAUAGAAAACUCCACAAACUGGUUAACUGAUAUCCAAGGCAAGAAUGGCAGUUUUUAUGAAACAGGCAACAUCAUUCAUACCGAAUUACAGAACAAUUCUGGAAACAGUUUAGCUUUGACUGCUUUUGUGGUUAUGGCACUACGUGAAAGUGUGCAGCGAAAUGAUCCAACAAUAGUAAACGUCAUCAACAAAGGUUUAGACUACCUGGCAAGAAAUAUAGAUGAAUCUGAACCAAUCUACACUGUUGCUCUUUGCAGCUAUGUGCUGCAGAUCACUGGACACACAUCCCGACAAAGUGCUUUUAAUCUAUUGGACUCCAAAGCACAGACAAAAGAAAACCUGAAAUGGUGGGCGAAUCCAUACCCUAAAAGCGAAGAAAUGAACCCUUGGAGGAAAUUACCCAGGUCUAUCGACAUAGAGACCACUUCAUAUGCCCUUAUGACCCUUAUAGAGGCAAAUCUACUAGAAGACGCUGUUCCUGUUCUGGAGUGGCUACUCAGUCAACAGAACAAUCUUGGCGGAUUCACAUCGUCUCACGAUACUGUGGUAGGACUGCAAGCUUUGUAUAAAAUAGUGACCAGGAUAGCGAGUCCUACAAAUAUCCAAAUAGAAUUCCAGUAUGGAAAAGAUGGCUCCGGGAAAUUUAGCCUCAAUAGAAACAAUUUGAUGAUUCAACAAAGUGCAGAGAUUGAAAAAUCUGCACGAGAAGUCAAUGUAACAGCACAAGGUACAGGUAUGGGUUUAUUCAAAGUUGCAUAUCAGUACAAUACCAACGUGACGGGACCUUGGCCCAUGUUUACUUUGGACCCUCAAGUGGACAAGAACUCCAACAAUUACCACCUACAGGUUUCCAUUUGCAUAGCGUUUGUGGGCCACAACCUAUCGAGCAGUAACGAAAGCAAUAUGGCUGUUAUGGAAGUGACGCUACCUUCUGGAUUUACAGCAGACAUUGAUGCCUUGCCUAGCUUGGAACUCUCUGAAAAUGUACAAAGAGUGGAAACCAGAAAUAAAAUGACGAAAGUAUUGUUAUAUUUUAAUAAUAUCACCAAUAUUGAGUAUUGUCCCACCAUAUCAGCCUACAGAACGCACAAAACAGCUAAGCAGAAGCCUGUUCCUGUGGUUUUGUACGAUUACUAUGAUAGCUCACGACGAGCCCGUGUGUUUUAUCGAGGCCCCGCGACCCAUCUAUGCGACUUAUGUGAAGAAGAAGACUGCGAAAGUGUCUGCAAAGCUGAAGCCAACGCCAGAGAGUCUCGGGAGAGGAGAAUAGGAUCAGAUGACGAUGGUGGAGGUGCAGAUACUAGUCGCAUGCAUAUAAUAUGUGCCAUACUCGUGCCUCUAGUGAUGAUAGUAACGAAUUGGAGUUAGCCAUAAGCUAUUUUAAUGAUUAUACUUACAGCUUUUUCUAUUAACAAUUAAUACUAGAAGUUAUUGUUGAAACGUGUAUUAAGUAUGUUGAACAAACGAGUUUUUAGUUCUACCUUCUUUUAUCUCUGACGAAAUGUUUAUUUUGUUACUUAUGUAUGUUUCUAUAAAUCAUAGAUUUUACUGCGUAUAUAUCCAAUUGAAUAUGUGGUUUUAUGAUUUAAAAAGCGCAUGAAAUUCCUAUGUUUGUUCAACAUACUAUUAUUUUUUCUUCUUUUAUUUCUGGUCUUUAUGUCAAGAUAAUGUGUUGUUAAAAUACAACUCUAGAUUGCUUUUCAUAAGUUUAGUAAAGUGAUUUUUAUAUCAAAAUUAAUAACUAGGUACAACAAUAUCUCUUGUUCAAUAAACUUCAUACACCAAGAUGUUUACUAAUAAACCUAAAAUUGCUCAAAUUAGAUAUGAAAUCUUUCUUUAUUAACUCCUACCCAAGGAUUAUAAGAGCAUGUCAAUUGUAAUCUUACCACCUUUAUAUAAAUUUGUAUUACUGUUGUUCAAUAAACAAUUGGUGUGUAGACUGGUCCUCUGCAUAUCUACUGUCAUUGUCGGAAUACUGUUUGUUUUUUUGUUUCUUAUUACUAAUAUUCGAUAUUACAACCGCAUACCUUACAUAUUCCGUGAAUCAAAUAAUAAGCAAAGAUAUUAAAAGAAACGCUUAUGUAUUGAAAAAUAAACGUAUUAACGUAACACUGUAACUUUGUAUUAUAUAAUAUUAUAUUAAGUAAUAUUUUGGUAGUGUGAAGACUGGACAAUAAAUAAAUUACAUCUUCUUUAACUAAUGAAGAAUCAAGAAGUAAUGUGUGUAUUCAUUUAUGUUUAAUAUUACAAUAACCUAUCCUAUUAGAAACCCUCUGAUAUUUAAAUGCCAUAACACUAUAACCAACAGGUCGCUUAAUCAAGAAAAGCAAUGUUUUUAGAACAAUUAUUUUAUUAAAAAUACAUACAUGUAAAUAACAUAACCUCACCUAACCUUUUUUUAAUUGCCGUAUUACCAGAUUCCGCAGUAAAACCCUAAGAAGAUAUCCAUUGAAUUCUGACAGGCAACAGUGGGGGAAAUUUUUUUUUGGACAUCUAUUCAGUCUAUGUCACGGAGCAAGACAUUCUGGCAUCUUUUGACCGAGUAGGAUACUAGGCCAGAAGACCUCAGGGUAGUGCAGGAUUAACCGUGUUCCGGCUAAAACCUUAACCACCGUUCCAGAGAGGUGGAGUAACUAAAGUAUAAAACUAAAAAUUUAUAAAUAAACAUACCUAUUAACGUAAAUCAGAAAAUAUUUUAGACGUUAGGCCAUAAACUAAUAAAUAAUAUUAACCAUAAAUUUCAGAAACUGCUUCAGGAAGUAGUCUAGUUUCCUAAACUUACAUUCCCACCACGGCCUCAGAUCGGGAAUAGGCUCCUUCGUCCAUCUUGCCUUUCCGCUAUCAUUCGCCCAUUCUCUCUGCCACUCUACUAUCGAUCUUUCUCACUCAUUCUCAUCUAUAUUUACAUCCAUCCUCCUCGCAUACACCCUCGCUCGCUCUUUGCACAACAAAACGAUCGAUAUUACCCUCUAAUAAACAUAUAGACACACAUUUCGCAGUGUUCAGUACGCUACACCAUACGGGGACAGCGUGGUUUACACCGACUGGAAAACUCCAUUUAGCACCUUUCUUUUGAUGCUACCUGGGCUUCCAAUGUUUGGCAUCAGCCGUAUCAACGCCUCCAGAUUCCCUUCUCUGCCGUCUUUUGGAUGUGUACUUCGAACCUUAGUCCUUACAACAACCAGACUCCCAGAUACUAAAUUGAUUUAACCGGUGCAACCUCCACACUUUCCAAUAUAAAGCGAAGAGAGGAUUUUCAUGGCUCCCUUUGAGAACUAACACCUCAGUUUUCUUAGGUGCUAGCUGUGGAUCGUUCUCUCAUGUCCGUUUUCUGAGUCGCCUUCGCAACCAGUGCGAGAUCAUCGGCAUAAGCUACAAGAGUGCAUCUCCUUGACAUUUGUAGUCUCAAUACCCUGGUGGGUACCUGUGGUCAAUGGAAAAUACCUAGAAAGCUUAACAGGUUGAAAAAGAAUAAAGGUAAUUUAGUAGAUACAUAUUUGGAUUUUCAUCAAAUUUACAUUUUCUUCCUCAGCUGUCUUAAAUUGUUUGCAAUAUUUUUCUUGGCUUUUGAAAAUGUUUGGAGGUUCUCUGACUAAAUAAUUUUCUUCAAGCACGACCAUUAAUGCCCAUUUCAAAAUAUAUCUUCUGAAGUUUUCAUCAUCAGUGGCAUUACAGCUUGUUAUGAACCAAAGCCUUCUUCAGAACAAUCUUUCAUUCGCCCCUGUAUCUGACAACUCUUCUCCAUGCUUUAACUCCGAUGGAGUUUAGAUCAUCCUCUAGUUAUCUUGAUACCUAAGUUUUGGUCUUCCUCUGGCUCGUCUUCCCACUGGUCCUCUUCGGUUGAAAAUUUUUCUGAUCAUUGCAUCUUCAUCUCGCCUAAUUACAUGUCCUAUCCAUCGAAGGCGUGCUAAUUUAAUACAUUUUACAACGUCAGGUUCCCCAAAACUUCUGUAUAACUCAAACUUGUAGCGCCUACGGCCACAAACCCUGUUCUUGGACUCCUUCUAUAUAUUUUCCUUAGAAUUUUUCUCUCGAAACGUUUAAGCAAUUCUUGGUCGUUCUGUGUAAGUGACCACGUUUCUGACUCAUAUGUUAACACUGGCCACUGGAUACUCUAUGUAUCUGGUUGCCUGAUCUAGUACAAUUUCUUCUUCUGAAGUUUUACUCUUACGAUAUAGGACUCAGACUCUUGUCUAAAAUAAGGAGAAAAGAACAUUGUCAAGCAGUUUAACAAUGAUGAUGAUGAUUAAAUGCUCUGAUGAUUAAAUUUCUCUAUAGAUCUACUUAAACAAUAUGUAAAUAUUUGAAGUGAAAAAUACUAACAUCGUGAUCUAAAUUACCAUAGGUAUGAACAAGAGUUUAACUAAUAUAUGAAAAUAUCUCAAUAAACUGUGAAUUUACUUAGUUCGAACAAAAAUUAUCCCAUACAAAACACUCAGAACGAUCUACUGUUUAUUAUAUUUUCAAGAACAUUUCAAAGUAUACCAACAUAAAAAUUAUGAAAAACUGAAAAAAAAAUAAACAAACAUUCAAGCAAUCUAAAUUCUGAGCUAAUAAAUAUUUUUUACAUAACUUGUUUUUGCCUACAACUUUUUCUAUAGUGCUUAGAUUUUUAGCAUCUUUUAACUUUAUCAAUAAGGUUUAAAUAUAACUUUUCUUCAUUCUAUUGUGAGUUUCUUUAAUUUUGUGCAAAAAAAAUUAAAUACCAAUAUUUUGUUAAUAUUCUACAAAAUUAUAAGUCAACUCAAAUGAACAUGUUGGUUGUUAAUGCAUAUUUUUCAAGUGAAGUGUUUUAAUAUAAGCAAUGUCACAAUACUCUCUUUUUGUUUUUAAUUUGUGUUCAUUUGGCAUAUAGCUUAUAAAAUAGACAACAUACCCAAGUGUUUCUUAUAUAUAAUGUAAAAAAUAAACACAAAAAAUAUGUAUCACAAUUUUUAUUGCAAAAAAUCAGCCUUUUUUAACAAAACAAUAAAAAAUACUACAACUACACCU